AUGCGAGACAGGUAUCUUUGUCGUCAUGGUGUCGUGGUCGUUACAAUUCAGUAUCGUCUUGCUCUGCUAGGCUUUUUGUCGACUGGCGACGAAGUCUGUGCUGGUAAUCUAGGUCUCUGGGACAUGACAAUGGCUCUUCAAUGGGUUCAGAACAACAUAGAAGCCUUUGGUGGAGAUUCCCAUCGAGUAACGGUAUUCGGCCAAAGUGCUGGUGGAGCCAGUGUGGAUUUGUUAGCGAUCAGUCCACACUCCAGAGGUAAUACAAUUUUAUUUCCUUUAAUUACUUAA